ACUCUUAUAGAAAAAAGCAUGUGUUCCUGUUUUUCAUCAGCUAUGCCUGUGAAGUAAAAUGUAUGAUGUUGCUGACAUUUUGGUCGGUUGACCUUCUCUUAUCACAGGGUCUUUGAACUGCCCACACCUUUGAAUAAAAAGAGGGCACAGGUCAGACCAGCCUCUCUGGGCAAAGUGUCCACAACGGGAGGUCACCCUGGGUCAGUUUAAAAACUGCUCCAGCGCCCUUUUCCUGCAGAGACUGUUGAAACAGAACUCUUGCACUGAAAGGGAUGUCUGGAAAAACUCCCAGCUGCAGCAACAACAGUGUUAUUCAGGCACAAAAGUUGGUGGAGCAACUCCGGCUGGAGGCAAGCAUGGUGAGAUUUAAGAUCUCCUUGACUGCAGCAGACUUGGUCCAGUACUGUCAAGAGCACAGAUGCAGCGACCCUCUGCUCAUGGGCAUAGCUGCCUCCUCCAACCCCUUCAAGGAAAAGAAAACCUGUGUGCUGCUUUGAACACUGAAGAGCUGAAGAUAACCAAAGAAUAACAGAUGUUCAAAAUGUUUACUACAACAUAGCUGUUAUAAAACAUAAAAAUAUUAGAAAUGAUCAAAAAAUAUGUAAAUAUUUAUACCUAUUGCUGUUACAUGUUUUUUGGCUUCUGAGCCUUUUUUUGUAAGCAUGACAUGUUUUACACAACAGAAAUACAUGUAUAUUGCAUUUAUUUACAUUUAUCUAGUUGUGAACUCAUUUGAAAAACACUUGAAAAUUCUUGUAUUUUUUCUUUAUUUAUUUUGGUUAAGUUAAACCAGUCAUGCUUUUGAUUAGCCAUUUCACAUCUUCCACAGCUGUGACUUUUGUUUUUUUGUUUGUAUUUUCCUUUAAUUGGUAUAGAAGUAUUACAUGUAAAAACUGCCAAAUAACUAAAUGUUAUAAGGCGAAUCAGGAAAAAAAAAGGAAAUUAUGAACAUCAAAUCCAGAAGUGUUUUUGCUUUUUAUUUUGACUUGACCUUUGUUAUUGACUUUCACAUUUAUAAUGUCUGAAUCUCAGCAUCAGAUCCACAGCUGUCCUAUUUCAACAAAUGACCUGUAGAUUAUACCCAUUUCAUUUUCUGCAUCCCCAGAUGUAAACAUCAUUUGUAAUAACUCCAGCCUUUUUACACAGCUGGGAAAAAUUCUGAAGGGAAUAUUUAUCAUUAAAAUGUAUCGAUAACAUUUUCGUGAUAUUUAGCUGUGCAAUAAGCAUUUCUCAAAAGACGGCAUAAUUUGUCAUUGAUGGUUACCUUAACUGUGCUAAAACAAUCUUGUGAUUUUCCCUCAUAUGGUGCAGCCCGAUCAGCCACUGAUUUUAUGAGUGGUCCUGUUAUAGAUACACCGCAACUGUGAGAGACAGAAUGUGCCUGUUAUAAGUAGGAUUUUUUUAUUAUUUGUAUUUAUAUAAAUAUAUUGAUUUCC